AUGUCUUUCCAGGCAAAAGAUCAGAAUCAAUGGUGUGAAUGCUACUUCGCUCUUGAACAGAAGUUCAGCUUAUGGGCCAUUCUCUUAUUCAUUAUGUUUUCUCAUGCCGCCGCAUUUGAUCCUUUGGAUCCAUUCGGAAACAUAACACUCAAAUGGGAUGUAAUAUCUUGGACGCCAGACGGUUAUGUGGCUGUAGUGACAAUGAACAACUUUCAAAUGUAUCGGCACAUCCAUACCCCAGGAUGGACAUUAGGAUGGGGAUGGGCAAAGAAAGAAGUCAUUUGGUCCAUGGUGGGAGCCCAAGCCACCGAACAAGGCGAUUGUUCGAAGUUUAAAGGGAACGCACCACAUUGUUGUCUGAGAAAUCCGAUAAUUGUUGACUUGCUUCCUGGAGUUCCAUACAACCAACAGAUUUCCAAUUGCUGUAAGGGUGGUGUCUUGGCAUCGUGGGGACAAGAUCCUUCGGCCUCAGUUUCUGCUUUUCAGGUGAGUGUUGGGCUUUCCGGAACUUCAAAUAAGACAGUGAAACUGCCCAAGAAUUUCACUCUGCUCGGUCCGGGGCUGGGGUACACUUGCGGCCCUGCAAAGAUUGUGCCAUCCACAGUAUUCCUCACAGCCGAUCAAAGACGAAAAACUCAAUCACUGAUUACUGUGUUUAACGAUUUACAUGCAGUGACAUGGAAUGUGACAUGCACUUAUUCACAAUUUCUGGCUUCCAAGAACCCAAGCUGUUGUGUUUCUUUCUCAUCUUUCUAUAAUGAUACCAUCACUCCUUGUCAGUCCUGUGCUUGUGGUUGCCACAACAAAAAGAACUGCAUCAUGAACGACUCAAAGCGGCUGAACACGGUAGGAAUAAACACUCCGAGAAAGGACAAUGCGCCACUAAUACAGUGCACUCAACAUAUGUGUCCAAUUCGGGUGCACUGGCACGUGAAGAUCAAUUACAAGGAUUACUGGCGCGUGAAAAUGGCAGUCACUAAUUUCAACUAUCGAAUGAACUACACCCAAUGGACACUGGUGGCCCAGCAUCCGAAUCUCAACGAUAUCACCCAAGUUUUCAGCUUCGAUUACAAGCCUCUCGUUCCCUACCAAUCCAUAAGUCAGUGCACACUAACUUUCACAAUUUGUUUUUUUUUUCAGCUCAAUGGAGAAAAAACAAAUAAAUUAACGGAUGUUAAUCGUCCAAGCAGCUCCAUAACCUUAUCAAGCUCCCAAGGUUGGAACUUGAGACUCAUGCACCAUGCUACAACCUUUUCUUUGGAGAGUUCAAACGUGAAGUCUGUUAUGAAGUCAACCAAAACUUAUGCUUUGAGUGGUGUCCUUGGGAUGAAAAAUGGAGAUGACACUGCUAUGUUUUUCGGCAUGAAAUUCUACAAUGACUUGUUAAUGGAAGCCGGACCCCUCGGAAAUGUUCAGUCAGAGUUGCUUCUCCGAAAAGACAAGAACACCUUUACACUAAAGCAUGGAUGGGCAUUCCCUCGAAAGAUCUACUUUAAUGGUGACGAAUGUAUGCUUCCCCAUCCUGAUGCAUAUCCAUUUCUACCCAACUCCGCACAGUCAAUCUCAAUUGCUUUUCUAGAACUUGUAGUUUCUAUGAUUUUGAUGAUACUAUUCACCUAUUGAUCGUAUCUUUUGGCGGUGGAAAGAUAGUUUUUGGAAAUGUUGAUUGCCAAAAAUAGAGUGGUUUUGAGGGAAGGGCUGUUCAUAUUGAGAUGUAUGUGUAAUCAUAAUUAGAUUGGAG